AUGAAUCAUUCACACUUCAAAUCAGCAAGUGAACCAUUGAUUGACCCGCCAUCUUCCCCUUCUUCUGACCAAACACAUACGAGAACAGGUUCACCAACACAAACAACAGCUGGUGGAGGUUUCGUAAAUUAUUUGUCAAAUUUAAAAGAUCGUGCUCUCAAAUCAAAUAAUCAUAAUGAAAAAUCCACAUCACCAAAUACACCGCCUCGACCAACAAUCACCAUAAUAAAUACCGAUGCGAAUGUUUUAAUUGUUUCACCAAGAACAAUUCGUCGUAAAACAUGGCCCACCUCUUCUCGAGGGAACAGUUAUCAGAAACGAAAAGGUGUUUUAUUAAGCGGGGAUGAAGAACGUGAUUCCGUAAUUAAUAUUUAUUGGGAACAUCGUGAUCAUUUGGAACAAGAUUUACGUGCUCGCACUGAUUUGGAUACUCAAACGCCACAUGAAGAUCUUUAUGUUCCGAAACAGGGUCAAAUGGAAGAACAAUCACAAUCUUUACCAAAUACUCCUUUUCUAAUUACUGAAUUUCCAACUAGUCCUUCGUCAUCAUCUUCAUCCAUUCCCACCCCCUCCUCGUCUUCGUCUUUUAUGUCAAUAACGUCCUCGUCACCACUCUUGAGUAAACUUACUAGAAACUUGUCAUAUUUUUUCGUUAAUGAUGCACAUAAAAUGUUACCGCAUGCUUAUUUUGCUACGGAAAAUAAUUCAAAAUCAUCGUUUAUCAUGGAUCCCACAGAAACUAAGUUGUCUGUUGCUAGAACUUCGGUUUGGUGA